UAUGGCAAAAACUUAAAAAACAACCCGGUUAAAUUAGUAAGUAUUUUAUUUUAUGACGCUAUUUUUUCUAAGCUAUUUUUUUAGAGAGAGAAAUUUGAAUGAUGUUGCCAUGUGAAUGAGAUUCGGGGCUGUGAUGCUCGGAAGAAAGAUGAACAGUGGCUUACUGUUCAUUUGGUUGUGUGCUCUCUGCGGAGUAAAGAGCUCGUCAAACUACCUACAAAACUGUAAGAACACCAAAAUCGAGGAGAAUGUCACGCUAAAAGGAGGCAUAGGAGCAGGAACUUUUCGAAAGCUUGGUAAAGUUACCAGCAUGGAGUCUUGUAUUGAACUGUGUUGCAAAACUGCGACUUGUGAUGUUGCCUUCCUCUCGGCUGCUAAGUGCUAUGGAGUCGAAUGCGUGAGUGAUGACGAGUGCAAGGCCACAGCUACUGAUACAUCUGAUAUUAAGGUGCUCAUAGCACACGUGCGAACAGGCCAUAAGAAAGAUAACACAUCAUUAGCUUUUAUUACUCCUAACUUCACAUCGAAUGUUAAACCACAUCCAAAUGGUUUCUUGGGCUCAAAUCAGGGAGGCCUAUCUACUAACACGCCAAAAGGUCUCAUCGCACAGGGACAAACAUCAUCGAGCAUUGUUAACCCAUCUAUGGCUGGGCAAUGCCAGCCAGGAAAAAUUUUCAAAGAAGUGACUUUAAAAGGAGGCAUUAAUGCCGGUACAUAUAAAGAUGUUGGCUCUGUGAAAAGCAUGGAGGAAUGUUCUGGUAAAUGCUGCGAGUUCGCGGCUUGUGAUUUAGCGUUUAUGCUUUCAAGUAGAUGUUAUCUUGUUGGAUGUUCAGAAGGCAAAAACUGUCAGAUACAAAAAGCAAAGCCUUCUCCGUAUCAUCCAUCUGUGACUUACAUUGAAAGAUGGAACAAGGAGGGCGUGAAACAUUCAGGAGUCCCAAAAGUAACACAAACACAAACAAAAGAAACCAUCUCAAGUUUGACGCAAACCCAGUUGGUACAGCCGACCACGCCAGGACAGCCGCCCCAGAUCCCUGGACUGAGAGGUCCAUCAGCAGACGCGUCACAAAUGGCUCAGUUUUCGCAGACGCAAAUGCAAGGACAGAACCCUCUGAUCAGCCUACAGCAGCCGCCGUCACCAUUGGCGCCACCUCCACUUCCUCCGUCUCCAUUUGGGUCCAACCCACCCGUCGAACAGAAUCCUAUGAUGCCACAACCAGGGAUUUCACCUGGCAACAAUGCAGGUAUGCAGCUUCCAGUCCCCCUCACAACACCGGCAGAGAAGAUAGCACCAUUGGUACCUCAAACUCCCGCAGAAAUUCAACCAAUCACAAAUCAGCAGGAGACCAAGAAAACCGACAUUGCGGCUGCGCAGACAGAUCAAAGCCUCAAGAGUCAGAUCAAGUCAGCUGCAGCUGGCCAAGCUAUGAAAAUGAACAUCGUAAACGGAAAAAUCGAAUUGACUCCCGUUGGAGCAUCGAAUGUAUCUGAAGACGCCUCUGGCAAAACUUCGGAUACAUCCCAUUCUUCCGAGUUGAAAGACAACGAAAAAAGCGACUCGGGAAAAAAAGCCUGUGAGAAGGUGAAGGUGCAUAAAAAUGUAACUUUGAAGGGUGGAAAGAAAGCUGGAAAGUUUAACAAUCAUGGUGACGUGCAAGGAAUGGAUGAAUGCCAGGAUAUAUGUUGCAGGGAUGAAAAGUGCAACGUUGCAUUUAUGCUCGGCAAGACAUGUUACUCCGUAGCAUGUAAAAGUAAAGAACUAUGUGAACACUCAAAAGCUCCCCCAACGGAUUACAAUCCUCAGCUUUCUUAUGUGAGACCAAUGAAAAAUUCGGAUAAAAAAGAAUCCAGUAAAGCACCCGCUAUCCCGCUAGAGCCCAAAGACCUCAAAUGCAAACAUAGCAACAUUACAAAUGACAAAGAUCUCCCAGGUGGAAUUCACAAAAACAACUUCACAAUUGUCAAAGACGUGGACACUAUGGGCAAAUGUAUGGAAAAAUGUUGCGACAGUAAGAAGUGCGAUAUAGCUUACAUGGUGGAGAACAAAUGCUAUUCUGUGUCAUGUUCCAGCAAGGAUUUCUGUAUUCCAGUCUCGGUAAAGGCCUCUAAGAAGACACCUCUGAUCUCUGCGAUGUUGAUAAAAGCGGAGCCUAAAGAAGAAAUAGAUUUAUCCGCGGUUGCUUCUUCACCAGAAGAUUCUGCAACUACAGAGCUGGCCUCUAAUUCUGCCACGUGCAUGUUGGACAGCAGAAUAUCCAAUGAUAUCAAACUUCGGCCGGGAACUAAGGCUAGUAACUUCACAGCUCUAGGUAGGGCAGAUGAUAUCCACCGGUGCAUCGGACGAUGCUGCGCUCGCCCCUCGUGUGAUAUCGCUUAUUUAUUAAAUGGGAAGUGUUUCGCGGUUCAAUGUCUUGACGGUGUCUUAUGCCAGACAAGUGCUGAGCCCGUAUCAGAAGGGGCAAACGUCAAGUUGGCUUAUAUGAACAGAGGAUCGUCCGGUCAAAAGGAAAAAGACUGGAUGAUCGUGUACAUUAUAGCUGCUUCCUUAGCUUUCGUGGCCGGAAUCGGCGGAGUAAUAUGGGCUGUGUGCAUUUGCACGAAAAGACAAAAGCUUCGUAAACAAAGGAGAAUGCUGGACGAUGACGAAGAUGAUGAAAUGCUUCCCAAACCCACACAGACACGAUACAGAACCCCGAUGCCAAGAUACUAAACAAGGCAGGCUCCUAACUAUGACAACGUACCUUGUACCCGUCACCCGAUCUUUAUGUCCAUUUACGCGCCAACCGUCGGUAACAUUCAAAAAGGAAUAUUUUAUACUUUGCAUCAACUAACGGCCCAGAAGAGACUUCAAAGCGUUUAGCAGGCUUUAGAAUCGGUGGUGAAUUAAGAAGCUACCGUCGAGAAGACUGGUGGUCACUUCAAAUAAUGAUGGCAUUGGUCUAACCUUUAACUUAAAUGCCCUUUGGUAUGCAUGCAACCGCUGGUCAUUAAGAGCAGCGACUUGGAUCGCAAGUAGAGGAAACUAAACUUACACUCUUUAAAUACGGGCUCGGUGAUAACACCACCAACAAAAGAAGUUAUGAACAAAAAACGUUGAUGACACUUGGCGAUCGCUUCCUCGUAAAUUUUAUUGUUUCGCGUUUUGCAUGCCAAAACCUCUGUAAGUUGAAAUAAUAAAGGGCUGUUUUCUAGGUAAAUAGCGCAACUUUA